AUGCAACGGCGCAAGUCCGCGCGCAACCAGAAGCCUGAGCCGACACCUGCACAAGAAUCUCCCGCGCCCGCAAAGGAGACUGCGAAGGGCAAGAGGAAGGACACGCCCGUCAAGGAAAAACAGGCAGACGCUCCGCCCGCCCCCCCGCCGCCUCCGCCAUUGCCCACCAAGCUUACAACUGGCCAACCCAUCCCCACCGUCAGAGAGCCACAGCCCGCCGGCUUACCAGAGUCGGACUGGCAGUCCGUGAUAGAGAGUGGUGUCUUGAAAGCAGCACUCGAGAGGUCGCGACAGAAAUGGAUGACUCCCGGCAUCUUCGAGCUCUACUACAGCAAGGCGGGGAAGAAGAAACUGCCAAACAAGGGCAAGAACAAGGAGGAAGCCAAGGACAAGGACAAGGAUAAAGACAAGACCAAGGAGGGCGGUGGAGACGGCGCCAAGGAGAAGGAACCGUCCGAGACGCUCAAGGCGAAGCAGAUGAAGCGUGAGGGCAACUGCAAGCUCUAUAUCGACCCGCACCAAUGGGACAUCACAAUAUGGACCAUGAGGGAGAACACGGUUCCGCCUCCACCGAAGCCGAAGCCAGCUCCACCUCCACCCUCGUACAAUCAUCCACAAGGCCACUACUAUGGCGCCGGUUAUGGUGCUACACCACCCUACCAACACUACCACCCAUAUCCCCCACAGCACCCUCAGCACCCACAGUAUCCACAACACCCGCCGCAUCCUCCACCCAUGCGCAAACCACCUCCGCCCGCCGCACCAAACCCACCUCCGCCGAGUCGACCUCCCCCGCCGCCCGAAUCGAACCCUGCAGCAUCGAAGCCAGCACCCGAUCCAGUCAUCCACAUGCUUGCCGAGCGUGCCAAUACAAAUUUCAAGUUGAGGGAUAUCAUGAAGAUUGUAGCAAGAGGAGAUGCCACAAAGGAGCAGCUGGAAUAUUUUCAGUCGCACAUCAACGAGCUCACCGAGAGGCUCGAGGCACAGAAGAAGGCACAGCAAGCGCAGAAGCCACCAGCACCACGGCCCACUCCUCCAGCUCAUGCUGGUCCCACCCCUUCACCCGCCCCAGCGAGUCCCAGUUCUGCACCAGCACAUGGCAGCCAAGCUUCUCCGAGCGUUCGCGCCAGUCCGGCUCCGCAGCCUGUACAAGCUAGUCUAGCACCACAGCCACCCGCAGCUCCCUCCCCACAGCCGACUCCACGGCCCCCUUCUGCUUCCUCGGCACCACCAGCAUCCACCCCGGCCGCAAUCAGCGCCGUUCAAUCCGUACCGCCCCGUCCCAGCCCCUCGACUCCGACACCGGGGAAGAUGCCCCAACAACCACCCAUGACCUACUACACACCCCCCGCCCCACCAGGACCCUACGGCCACUACACGCCCGCGCCUCAUCCUCACCCCCACCCUCCACCACCUCCCCAGCCCGUCCAGCCCGUCCAACCGGUCCAGCCGCAACAACCACCCCCUCCUCCUCCCCCUCCGCCCCAACCCACCUACCGCGCCCUCUGCAUCGACUUCAACACAAACGGCGACCGCCUCCUCUUCCCCCGCGAAGCCAUCCUCGAGGCGCUCCCGGGCAACCAGGUCCUCGCCUCCUUCCUCAAGGUGCACAAGGUCGACGCCGCCACGCUGGCGCAGCUGCCCAAGGCGCAGACGUACUACGAGCUCGGCAAGGAAUACUACCAGCCCAUCACGGUGCGCUUCCGCGCUGCUGCCGCCACGUCGUCGUCGUCGUCGUCGUUGCCGUUGUCGUCACCGUCGUCGUUUUCGGCGUCGUUGAACGACGGCCAUGGAAACGGCAACGGCGUGCUGCAGUGCCUUUUCCGGUGGGUUCGCCCGCAGGAGGAGGUGAGGCGGUACAUGGAUGAGGUUAUGGAUCGGGCGGAGCCGGCGGAGGAUGUGGAGUUGGCGGCGAGGUUGCCGAGGGAGGGGUUCGUGCAGGAGGGGACGGGGACGGGUAUGGUUGUGGGGGUGGGAGAGGGGGGUGGUGGUCACAAUAAUGGCAAGGGGAAGGAUGGGAUGGCGGCGGCGGCGGCAGCAGCAGCGGCGGUGAAGGAGAGCGUGGAGAGGGUGGGGACGCCGAUGGGAGAGAGGGAUAGGAAGAGGAAGAGGAUGAGGUGA